AGCCUGACUCUAGAUAUUGGGUGCUGGAAAACUAGCAUGCAAGAGAAAGCCUUUGAAUGCAGUGACAAUGGGAAAGCCUUUGUUAAUAAGUAUUAUUUUCAGGCACCAAUGAGAACCCACAAUGGAGAAAAACUCUCUGAAUGGAAAGAAGGUGAGAGAUCUUUUAUUCAGUCCACAAGCCUUGGUGUGCAUGUACAAACUCAUACUGCUAACAAUCGUUACAAAUAUAAGGAAUGCAGAAAAUCCUCUAUACAAUCUGCAUACCUUAACACUAACGAUAAAAUUCACACCAGAAUAAAACCCUUUAAAUGUAAGGAGUGUGGGAAAGACUUGAAGUCUUUUCAUCUCACUGAACAUGUAAAAACACACACUGUAGUGAAGCCUUGUCUUGGUGAGGUACGUGGAAAUUCGUUCGGAAGUUCCUCAUGUCUUCGUAUUCGCAAUCAAAUUUAUGCUGGACUAGAACUGUAUAAAUAUAAGAAGUGUAGGAAAGUCUUUAAACAUUCUUUGCAUCUUAGUGUUCACAUGCAAAGUCACACUGAAGAAAAACCUUACGAAUGUGAAGAAUGUAGGAAAGCCUUUCCUCAAUUCUCAAGCCUUACUGAACAUAUAAAAACUCACACUGGAGAGAAGCCUUUUAAAUGUGACAAAUGUGGGAAAGGUUUUGCUACUUCCUCAAAUCUUACUAAACAUUCGGGAUCUCACACUGUAGAAAAACCAUUUGAGUGUAAUAUAUGUGGGAAACAAUUUGUCAGUUCUUCGUACUUAAUCAUUCACAAGUGUACUCACACUGGAGAGAAACCCUAUAAAUGUAAGGAAUGUGGAAAAAGCUUUAACCAUUCUUUCCACCUUAAAGUUCACAUGCGAACCCACACUGGAGAGAAACCCCAUGAAUGUAAGGAAUGUGGGAAAACCUUCACUCAAUCCUCAGGCCUUACUGUACAUAUAAAAACUCACACUGGAGAGAAGCCUUUUAAGUGUGACACAUGUGGGAAAGCCUUUCCUACUUCCUCACAUCUUACUACCCAUUUUAGAACUCACACUGGUGAGAAGCCUCUUAAAUGUAAUAUAUGUGGGAAAACAUUUACCAUCUCUUCAUCCUUUAUCAAUCACAAGUGUACUCAUACUGGAGAGGAACCAUAUGAAUGUAAAGAAUGUGGAAAAGGCUUUAAACGAUCUGUACACCUUAACAUUCACAUGCGAACCCCCAGUGGAGAGAAACCCUAUGAAUGUAAGGAAUGUGGGAAAGCCUUCACUCAAUCCUCGGGCCUUACUGAACGUAUAAAAACUGACACUAGAGAGAAGCCUUUUAAAUGUGACACAUGUGGAAAAGCCUUUGCUCUUUCCUCACACCGUAACAGACAUGUUAGGACUCAUACUGGACAGAAGUCUUUUGAGUGUAAUAUCUGUGGGAAAACGUUUUCCAGUUCUUCGUAUAUCUUCAUUCACAAGCGUACUCAUACUGGAGAGAAACCUUACAGAUGUAAGGAAUGUGGGAAAUCUUUCAGUUUUCACAAUUCCUUUCGGCAUCAUGAAAGAACUCACCUGGAGAGAAAUCCUAUCAAUAUAAGGAAUAUGGUAAAGCCCUCAGUAGCCUCAAUUUGCUUCAGAGACAUGAUAGGACCAUACUGCGGAGUUGCUCUACAAAUGUAAGGAAUGAGGGAAAGCCAUCAGAAUCUCAUCACAACCCACCAUGUAAGGACUCACAGUGAAGCCAUUCUUUUAAGAGUCGUGGGAGGUCCUUUCCUGUUUCCUCGUUGAAAUGAUAUUUCUUACAUAGGAGAGAGCUUGUAGUGGAGAGAAAUUCAACUGACGUAAUAUAUUUUGGGAAAUUGUUCUGCAAAUGUUCACUUGUGAUCUCGCUAUGGAGAAAAACUUUAUGAAUGUCAGAAGUGUUGUAGAGUCGUCAUCAUUUUCCAUAAGAUUCUUUUUCAUCCUUAAUAAACAUGGGAUAGUUC